CCUCCUGGACCAUACGAGCUACACCGGCCAGGACUGCGAGCAGCCUUCUGUACCACACCAUCUCCUGAUCAGCAGCUGAUGAAGCCGCCGCCGCCGUCGCUGGCCGUAGUCGUCCUCAUCUCGUGCCUCCUCCAUGGCACGGGCGCUUCUGGAGACGCCAGGCCCGUCGACAACGGCACCCGGCGCUUCCAUUCCAUCUUCAGUUUUGGCAGCUCCUACUCCGACACUGGCAACUUCGUCCUCCAGUCCGCCGGUGUCCCAUCCAUCCCCUUCAACAACUCCCCUUAUGGCCAGAGUUUCUUCCGUCACCCCACCGGGCGCCCCUCCGACGGCCGCCUGAUCAUCGACUUCAUCGCGGAGGCGCUAGAGCUCCCAUUCGUGCCGCCGUUUCUGUCCAAGGAGGCGCAGAACUUGAACUUCAGCCGCGGGGCCAACUUCGCCAUCGUAGGCGGCACGGCGCUUGACGCCGGGUUCUUCCUCCGGUACAACCCCGGGAGCGUGCCGCCGUCCCGGAGCUCCCUGCGCGCGCAGAUCGCGUGGUUCCGCGGGCUCCUCAAGCAGUCGCUCAUCUGCGGCAGCGGCAUCACCGCGGCGGGAUGCAGGGCGCACCUGGCGCGGUCCCUGUUCGUCGUCGGCGAGUUCGGCGUCACCGACUACAGCUACAUCCUCUGCGGCGGCAGGAAGAGCCUCCAGGACGCCAAGUCCUUGGUGCCCAGAGUCGUGCAAGCCAUCGUCAGAGGCGUCGAGAUGCUGGUGGAGGAGGGAGCGAGGUACGUGGUGGUGACGGGGACGCCGCCGGCGGGGUGCUUGCCGAUGGUGCUGGCGAAGUACGGUGUGGAUCAGGGCAACGAGACGACGGAGCAGUACGACCGCCGGACGGGGUGCCUGCGGCGGUUCAACGGCCUGUCGCAGUACCACAACUGGAUGCUGCAGGAGGCCGUGAGGCGCAUGCGUGCGAAGUACCAGGGGACGACGCUCGUCUACGCCGACUACCACAAGCCGGUGUCGCGGCUCAUCCGACGCCCGGGGAAGUUCGGGUUCGCCGAGGAUCCCUUAAGAGCAUGCUGCGGCGGAGGCGGGCAGUACAACUACAACCCCAUGGGUGCAGCGUGCGGCUUACCCGGCGCAACUGCCUGCAUCGACCCAACUAACCAUAUAUACUGGGAUGGUAUCCAUUACACCGAGGCUGCCAACAAGUACAUUGCCGAAGGCUGGCUCAACGGAGUCUACGCCCACCCUAGCAUACUCAGCUUGACGCAAUAGCUCAUGCAUGAUCGGUUUGGCCACGCGAAAACCGCGUGCGGGUCUAUAUACUCGAGGCAGGUGCGCAGGGUUGUCGAAACAUUGCUCGGACAGUGGAUAUGGACUGGAUGAACUACUACUGAGUACUAGCUUUCCACAUUACGAA